GCCCCCUCCCUUCACUCGCUCAUCACUCACCAAGAACCCAGAGAGCAGCAGCAUCAGCUCAUUCUAUUCGUUUCCUCCUCAAUUUGAGUUGCGUCCCCACACCUAUAUCUGUAUCUUCAUCGUCGUAGAGAAAGCGCAGGUCAAGAGGUUCCCCAAGCUAGCUGCGAUCAUGAUCUCCCCCGACACCAUCCGCACGGCCAUCGGCGUCAUCGGCAAUGGGACGGCACUUGUGCUCUUCCUCUCCCCAGUGCCUACGUUCAUCCGCAUCUGGAAGAAAGGGUCAGUGGAGCAGUACUCGCCGAUCCCAUACGUGGCGACGCUGCUCAAUUGCAUGAUGUGGGUGCUGUAUGGCCUGCCGGCGGUGCACCCGCACAGUAUGCUGGUGAUCACCAUCAACGGCACUGGCAUGGCUAUCCAGCUCACCUACGUCACGCUCUUCCUCCUCUUCUCCGCUGGUGCGGUGCGUCGCAAGGUUGUCCUCCUGCUCGCCGCUGAGGUGGCCUUCGUCGGCGCCGUUGCCGCGCUGGUGCUCAGCCUGGCGCACACGCAUGACCGCAGGUCUAUGGUGGUCGGCAUCCUCUGCGUCCUCUUCGGCACGGGCAUGUACGCCGCCCCGCUCUCCGUCAUGAAAAUGGUGAUCCAGACAAAGAGCGUGGAGUACAUGCCCCUUUUCCUGUCGCUAGCUUCCCUCGUCAAUGGCAUCUGCUGGACUGCUUACGCACUCAUCCGCUUCGACCUCUACAUCACCAUCCCCAACGGGCUAGGCGUGCUGUUCGCGGUGGCGCAGCUAGUGCUGUACGCCAUCUACUACAAGUCCACGCAGGAGAUCGUCGAGGCACGCAAGCGCAAGGCCGAGCAGGUUGCCAUGACCGAGGUGGUCAUCGACGGCGGCAAGACAAACAACCACGCCAGCGGCUACUGACGAAGACGAUGAUCCAGUGAUGACACCAAUGCUUAAGGAAGCGCGCGGCAAAUUAAUUAAUUAUAAGUCGCCGCUGGGCUUUAUGCUAUUUUGUGAUUCUAUCGACGUGUCCUUCCUCAUGCCAAAGAAAGGGCGACAGAGGUCUGUCGUUAUAUGUUGUUGCCAAAGAACACGCGCAGCUGGGCUGAGUCACUGCCUUGAUUAGCUCCAAAAGUUAGAGGUGGAGGGUUUUAGCUAAUUCCACCUUCCAAGGCGGUAACGUUUUUUGUUUCUUUUGGCUAGGAUUUUUCUAUAAUUGAGCAAUUGGUGCUACAUAUUAUUGAUGUUGGUGUCUAAAUCAAAUAUACUAAAAUGUUUAUUAAAAUUCUUUCCAUUUCA